AUGAGCGGCCAAAACGGCUAUGGAAACGGACACGGCUACUCCGGCGCCGGCCGCUACGACACGAAUGACCCCGGAUAUGCUGGUACCAAUAAUAACCUCGGUGUGAACGGAUACAGUGGAAGGGGAACCGGAGCAUCACCAGGCGGAGGUGGACGGUCAGAUCUUCGCCCGGGAGGCUACGGUGGUUUCUACCCUGAGGCAAAUUCGGGUCCCCAGUCGCAGUCGCAGUCGCCGUCACCCAUGUCGCAGAGCCAGUCUCCUGAGCGCCGGCGCGAUCGAGCGAAUCGGGAUUACCAGCAGCCCUCGCAGUCCACUUCCACUUCGCGGUCGAGAACAAGGAAUCAGGAUGCUGAUAGGCGAUACCGGGAGGAUCGGUCUCGAGAUGCUAGUCGGCAUGCGGAUACUAGGGGCCAGGGAAGAAAUCCGUCGCCUGUUGUUAGGAGAGGGACUACUUCUGGAGAGUCGCAGGCCAUUGAAGCUGUGCUUCAAUCUAUCCAGCGCGAUUGGGACUUCAUGACUGAUAGCGAAUGUGUGCCGGUACACGUUGCUUUGAGCUUGAUGGAUACAAGUACAUUGGGCAAGGCAGACCGCGAAGAUGACUUCCUGCAUAUGUACAAUGAUAUCCAGAAGACUCUGAAGGCAAUUGUGAAUGAACACCACCAAGGCUUCAACAGUUCCAUUGGUACUUAUCACAAAAUCCAGUCGAACAUCGGUUCGGCCCAAAGUCGAGUGCGCAACCUGAGACACGCCCUCGACCAAGCGAAAUCAGGAUUAAUCUCAACAAAACCUGAGCUCAAGGGACUGGCAACGUCUUCACAGAAUUACGAUGAUAUCGUUCAGCUGUUCACUCAAAUUGAAGAAGUCCAAUCUCUGCCCGAAAAACUUGAAUCUCAGAUUUCGGACAAGCGUUUCCUUGCGGCGGUGGAUGUUCUUCACACUGGUCUUCGACUCCUACGGCGAUCAGAAUUGGAAGACAUCGGCGCCUUGUCUGAUAUCCGUGCUUAUUUCCUUAACCAGGAAACCUCGCUUACAGACAUCUUGAUCGAAGAGUUGCACGAUCACCUGUAUCUCAAGUCACCAUAUUGCUCUGAUCGGUGGAAAGCACCAACUACCGAGGGAGACGUGAAUACAUCUAGCUGGACCGGCAAUCGAUCAUGGGAGCGACCUAUUUUCAGCUUCCUUGCCAAGUUUGAUCCAUUAACACCCAUGGUUGAAGAUGCUUCCCGAAACCCCGAGGCAGAUACAUUCUCUUAUAUUCAACUGUUGAUAGAAGCACUCAACAAGAUGGGCCAUCUUGAUAUUGCAGUUCAUCGAAUUGAGCAGCGUCUUCCUGUCGAGUUGUUUGCUGUGGUGGACAAGACCAAUGCUGAUGUUGACACUCGCUACCCCACGCCAACGAAAAGCUUCUCGGCCCAGGAAAAUACUUACACCAAGUCCAACCUUCCUACUGAGAUUAUCGAGAAACGGGGCCAUGUACUCUCUGAGUUCUUGUGGGCACUCUAUGCCAAGUUUGAGGCUAUUGCAGAGGGCCAUCGGAUCCUUCACGAUGUCGUUUCGGCUAUUGUGGAGCGAGAAGGUCUCAUCAAAAGUGAGACGCUUUCUGGUGGAUUUAAAGAGUUGUGGAAGCUCCUGCAAAGCGAGAUACGUUCCCUCAUGCACGACUAUCUUGCUACGGACGGAGAUUCCUCUGUCCGUUCUAGAGGUGAUGAGGCUGAUUCUCGACGCAAUCAAUACUCAGGUAAUCGUGACAAGAACAAGAAAAUGUUCAAGCUCUCCGACACCGAGCAUAACUCAGAGAUGAAAGCCGAACAAGAUGAGCUGGACGAAAUUCUCAAAUCCUCUGUUCCAGGACUUGUUUCUAAAUCAAGGCAAAAAGUCGCUACAAAUGACACUUCACAGUCCAAUAAGGGGAAUUCAGGAACUGGCCACAAGAUUUUACUUGAGCCUAGUGUCUUCAAUAUGGGUCUCCUCCUACCACCUUCCCUCUCCUUCAUCCGGCGUCUGAAGGACAUAGUGCCUGUCGAUGCUGAUAUCUCCAUGGGCACGCUGACUUCCUUCUUGGAUGACUUUAUGGUUAAUGUUUUCCUGCCUCAACUCGAUGAAACUGUGACGGAUCUCUGCACGCUCAGCUUUAUUGCCGCCGAUUCAUUUACAGAAGACCCUCAGUGGUCCAAGGUUUCUCCUCGGCCUAUUUUCAAAGGAACAGUCAAGUUCAUGACUAUUGUUCGAGAAUUUAGCAAGAUGCUGUCAAGUAUCCCACACGAUCAGGCAUUUACCCAACUUCUCAUCGACCAGAUCGUGACCUAUUAUGACAAGUGCUGUGGAUGGUACAAAGCCAUGGUUACGAGAGUGUCUGCACGCAAUCAUGGCGGUGGAGUUCGGUUGAAAGCUGCGGCAUCCUAUGCUGAAACAGGCGACAUCCGUGAUACAGUGGAUGAGCUGUGGAAAGGACCCGGGGCUAAGAAGCACACACUCAUUGAUACGGAAAUCGACUUGCUUCUCAAGCGAACCAACGAAGUGCCUCUGGAGCCAUACGACAUCAUAUCUGAUCCCAAGACUGUGGUCUCUCUUUCUCUAUUGUAUAACAGCAUGCAAUGGCUUGCAAGCCACCUCGCCAAGAUUCGCCUCGUUGUCGAGCACACAUCUGACGCCGAGUCAUCCAGUUUGACUGCAACUGGGCGGCCUUCGCGCAGAUGGACUCUGUUUGGCGCCACGAAACCCAAGCGAGAUAGUAUCAACAAUCCGGUACAUCUACCACUCAACCAUGAGACUGUAGUGGCCUUUGAUGGGACUCUCGAAUCCCUGCAUGGCCUUGGUACUACUGCGCUUUUGACAAUGCAUGUGGAUAUCCGCUGUGGAAUUAUUCACAUGUUGACGAAGACCAUGUCCGGGCCAAACCCUCCUACAUUGCGCAACUCCGAGCCCGUAACCCCAUCCCCAAAUACGCAAGACAACUGGUGGCACAUCAUCAUGAACCAGCCAACAGCAGCAUCACCCACUAUUCUCACGUUGAACAAUGAUCUUAUAGAAUUUGAUACCAACAUCUCCACAUAUCUCGGGUCUGUCGAACGCUGGUUCAUCACAUCCGGUCUAGCACGGUUCAUUGACCGUGUCUUUGUCGCCUGUACCCGUUACAUCGGGGCAAUGAACGAAAACGGGGCCUUGCGGUUGCAACUCGAUGUGCUCGUGCUGCAGCAGAACCUGAAGAAUAUUAUCAUUGAUCCAGCCAGUGAUGCCCCUGCCUCGGCAACAGAUUUGCACCAACAGGCCUCUCAGGAGGUCGUUGCCUUACCCCGAAGCGCCAAAUUCCUGGACUGGUUCCUUGAAGGCGCCGAAAGGUCCUUAGAUUACGCCAAGGAUGAAAAGGAGGCGUUUGCAUCACAAGGUGCCAAGGCCUUGGCUGCUGGAAAUGGAGAGCCCUUCACAUAUGACGAGUUAUGUGUCCUUGUCGACUUAUGCUUCUCAGAAAUCCUCCGUGGCCCUCGUGGGGCAGAGAGCCGCGAGGACUUCAUGUCAGCCAAGAAGGCCAGUGCAGAUGCGUUACUCAGGCUGAACGAAAUUAUGUGGGACGCCCGGUAG